AUGUCGGACUUUUCUACUCAUUCGAAGGCUACCGAAUGUUUUGCCUAUAUUUCGAAAAUCUGUAUCGAUGAACGAAAUGAAUUGGCUGGAUUGAAUGACAAAUUUGUGGAUGUAAUUGAGCAUGAGUUGCGUCGCAAAUUUGAAGAUGCUACUCAAGCUAGAGACAGCUUGGAAAACGAGGCGAAACAUCUGCACGUUGAGGUCAGCGAAUGGAAACAGAGAUGGGAAGAAGCUAGAAAAUUCCUUCCCGGUGUCCCAAAGGAUGUCGAUUCAGAAUUUCGUCGUUUGGCUGAAAUUGAAGAGGAGAAUGCUUUGUAUCUUCGCCGCAUCAAAUACAUGGAAGGGAAAAUGAGAGAGAUGAGAAUUUCAAAUUCGAGAAUUGCAGAAGAUAUUAACAAAAUGAGAAUGAGGAAAGAUCAAGCAACCAGUCUCCGCGAUGAAUACUAUCAUAGACAGCAGGAACUUCUGCAAAGUAUUAGAAAGGUUGAGAAAGACAACUAUGAGGUUCUUGCCAAUGAGCACACCCACUCCUUGGAAAACUGCUGGGCGAACAAAUCCUUUUACCGUGAUGAGCUUCAUAAAGCCAUCACUGAAAUUCGGGAAUCCUAUAAGCUUAGGGCGCAAAUUGAAGAAAAAGAAAUUCAAAGGAGAUUUGAGGAAGAAAUGUUCAAGAUUAAAGAGUAUCAGACGUCAAGCGUGUUCACACGUGACCAACAACACCAUGAAAUUAUUCGACUUAGCUGCGAGACAUCUGAUGCCAAGAAAAGGCUUCGUGAUCUUGAAAAUCGGAACGCACAGUUAAUGAAAACAAUAAGAGACAUACAAUCUCAAUCCGACUUAGACUCCAAGAUCUACGAAGAGCAGUUGGCUUUGAAGGACGCGGAUAUCGCAAAAAUGAAGCACGAGUGUACCUUAAUUACGGUGGAAUUGGAGAAGAUCUGUGAUCUUAAAGUGAACUUAGAAAAGGAAAUUGAAAGAUAUCAAGAAUUGCUAAACAAUGCCAACAAUACUAAUUUCAAAAUUGUGGUAAAUGAGACUAAAUCAACUACGACCCACCAGUCAUUUGAUGUUGUGUUUGAAAUGCCACCACCAGGAGCAUUAACUGGAAAUUGUGAAUCUGGCCGUACAGGCACUUCGUCUUUCGCUGAUAGCUGCCACAUCCAACAUCAUGAUACCAAAUUGUUGAACACAGAAUUAACGCAGAGCCGCAAUGAAGUGCAAAACGUUCCAGUGAUAGAUGAGAGCAAGAAAGAGCAGCAGCAGCAACAAGACCAUUCAUAUUAUCAGACAACAAACGUUGAAAGAUACGAAGCCUUUAGUAAUUCAAGACAACGCCCGACGCCCGAAUCGUCACAGGACGAGAGUUGGAGACUCCAUAACGUCGAUAAUGUCCAACACACCGCGCACUAUAAUUCUUAUUCGGAGCCAAGCGAUGCUGCAAAUAUUGCCAACAGUGCGACUAAUGCAUUGCAAACGAACUAUGAAAGUCACAUCAAAGAGAAAACAACUACGGACUUCACAUUUGUAGAUGUUACUUACGAGGAGGACAAUAUUCAAAUGUUCACAAGAUGGUACCGAGGAAGAGUUAAGAUCGUCGAUGUAAACCCAGAUGUCAUCAGAAUUGAAAAUAGAAGCAGCAAGAAGUCGGAAGAUAUUGGAGGAUACAGAAUCACCCAUGAUAUUGGAUCGCGAACAAUAUUUGUUGAUCUACCCGUUGGUCUUGUUCUCGGACCUAAAGAAAAUGUGAAGAUUUAUUCGAGAGACGCUCGUUAUCCAGAAAACUCCAUUGUUGCUGAUAUCAAUUUAUUUGAUACCACCACAAUUACGGAAACGUCUCUGAUCAACCGUUCUGGAGAGGUAAAAUCUUGGUUCCGUUACACUUCGAAUUCAGAUAGAGGAAGCACAUGCUAG